AUGCCGCCCCUUCGACCCCUCCGCCUGCUCCCCACCCUCCGCCAAUACCGCCUCUACAGCUCCCAACACAAAACACCGCAAACCGUAACCGAUAACCCUCUCCCCGCCAACAACCCCAGCGACAAUGUCACCGAAGCUCCCGCGUCCUCCUCCAAGUCCAAUGCCAUGCCCAUGACCACUAUAGGCGCCGAGGACCGAGCAUUGCAAGAGUCUCCGGAGGAAGGGGAGAAAAAGCGCACCAUGCAGGCGCCAAACAAGGCCGGGAUCUGGAGCAGGAGUCAGCAGCCAAGGGCGACGGCGAUGGCUGGGCCGCGGUUUGAGCAGACUAUUAUGGAGGAUCAGCCUCGACCGCUCGCCGCCAUUGAUCUGAUCCACCAACAGCCCGUACGAUGGACGAAGGAGCGGACUGUUAGCUGCGAUGGCGGUGGUGGGCCACUGGGACACCCGCGUAUCUUCAUCAAUGUCGACAAGCCGCAGAUAUGCAUGUGCACUUACUGCGGGCUGCCAUUUGCACAUGAACACCACCGCAAGCAUCUCGAAAGCCUACCACACACCGAAUAUCCACUGGAAGCGGGAUCGCCUUCUCAUAUGCCAGCAGCUCUACCUCGAAACGACCAAGGUGAUGCGAGGACGGGAUCGACAGAAGCGUUCCACACGCCGACCGGUGUUCCGUAUGAGAAUAGAUAG